AUGGAGAGAAAAGUCGACAACCUCAAAUCAGACCUUAGAGAUCUUUCCAUAUCACCGCUCCCACCCUCACAGCGCGCCGAGAUGUGGGAUGUCACGGAAGACGACUUCUGGCGUAGGAAUGCCAUUGAGCGCGACGACCAAUUCUCCCAACACUCCCAGCGUUGGAACCACGACAGAUCAUCCAUCGUAACUCACAUGCGCGGCGUCGAGGCCGAAAUCCGUGAGCUCAGAGAAAAGGAGGACAAGCUCAGUCGAGAGCUUGCCGCUAUUCGCAGUCGGACGGCCCUCGUCAAUGAGACAUACAACCAUGAAGCCCAACGCUUAAACAGUAUAGACACUCAGCAUAGCGUGGAGAAGCAAGGCCUGGUCAAGAAGCACGAAAAGAUCGAAGUCCAAAUGAACGACUGGUUUCGGCGAUGCAGAAAUCAAGACGGUGUUCACGAACGGCGACUGGCAUUGCCGGAGCUUAUUGACAAGAGCCCCGCAGAGAGACAGUUCAAGCUGCCGCCGCUGGCAAACUUGCACCUUCCUAGGGAGGCGCCCAAGAAUGACGAUAGAAUAGUUGCCAUCAUCGACUCCGACCACACUAUACUUGAUAAGCUCCAAUAUCUUGGACUAUCCAACGAACGCACCACAACUAUAUCCUCUCGUGCGGUCCUUCAGCCUAUCAAGCUGCGCAGCGCCAACCGGUUCUUCGAAGACACGAGGCCAAGUAUCUACAGCUUUGCGGACGGCAAAGGCACUGGCUGGAUAGCCUGUAUGAUACAGGCGACCGGCCUCCUCCAGAAGAAAAGGUGCCACGGCUGCAGCAGUAACGAGAGUCCCUUUGAGGGCUGUAUUGCCGUUGGUGGCCAUCUCUUCCCCAAGUGCGGCAACUGCGAGUGGAAUGGAACAAGCUGCCAGGGCUUAGAAGCAUUGUCACCGACCAACAUGCUUGCUCGCAAGCCUCCCGCUUUGGAACCUCCGCGCAGUAGUUCGCACCCACCAACACCAGGGCUCAUUCUAGACCCCUCCCUCAGCUCGCCUGCUGAGCUGGAAGCUCUGGCAGCGGCUGCGCAACAGGCAACUGUUAAAGCGUAUUCAUCGCACUGCAGUCCGCCGCAGGUACACAUGUCUGGGUUUAAAGCCGUGAAUCAGGCUGCCAAGUACGAACCGGCCUCUCCAGUACCCAGCGCCGUCCCAUCUCUAACAGCUUCCAGCAGCACCAGUUACCGGAGGAGCCCCAAGGCUUCGGCCUCGGAAUGCUCGAUUCCGCGGCCAAUGGCGCCCAUUUGCUUUCGCCCAAUGGAUUUUGCGGCACCAAGUUCAAAUGACAUUACAAAAGAAACGCUCGUCUUACGGCACAACGGCACUUUCUAUACGUAUCCUGAAUGUAUCGCAGGAGUACCUUUAGAAAAGAUUACCCCUAGCCAUCCAUAUUGGGAGACCAAGUGGCCCGAGCUGCGAACCUUGACGGAGCCGAUUUUGCGCUCGUGGGAGGAAAAGUUUCAGUCGGCGGAGGCAGCCAGCAGAGUCCAAAAUGUUGGCUGGCAGCGUCAAGUAUCAAUACGGAACGCCAACCCGUAUCAGCUUCUCGCCAAGAAAUACGUGAGCGUGGGCAAGGGCAGCAUAACUUCCUACGACACCCUGUUUCGCCUCUGCGAGACAAUCGAGGCGCUAGCCAACUACAAGACAGACGUCGAGCCCGUCGACUGGAUGCGCCAACGUCUGCACGAGCUGAUUACGGCGCAGGGCUCUGGCUUCAACUUUUCCAAGACCAUUCACGACUUUUACAACGAUCCCAAGCUGGCAGCACUGCGCCAGAAGUCGGGAUUCAAGAGCAUUGGGCGACCUUCGGGCAUCAAGAUGCCUCGGCGAAGGGCUGAUAGCGUGGAUGAUGACGUGCCUGCGACGUCGAGCCAGCGCAAGCGCAAGAGCCCUCCAUCGUACGGCUCGCCAAGCCCGCGGGCCGAGCCGCCCAGUGCUGAGCCCUUGCCGGCCGAGCCUGUCGCCGCCGACCAAGGACCGGUGGGAAAGAAGCAAAAGGCGGCGGCCAAGGUGCUGGACAGCCUGGAGACGGGCGAGGUAUCGGACGCGGACUCGGUGAGCGGUGCGCCGAUUAGCAAGUUCGACUUCCGAAUCUACCAGAUCAAGACGCGGCUAUUUACGAGCUCGGAGAAGGUGACGCAGUACUGGAGCUGGGUACAGGAGAACAGCAUGUUUGAGCAUCAGAUCUUGGAUGACAGGAACCCGGCGGGCUGGAGCAUGCACCGCGAGCCGGUCGACUUCAGCGUGCGGCUCGAGGACGUGGUGAAGAUUUCGUGGAACCUCAAGGCGCUGCGGGUGUACCUGGUGAUGAGCGACAGGCACAUCUGCUUCGAGGACGACAAGCCGAGGGGAGACAUUAUGGUGGCGUUUAAGCGGUGGAACACGAUGACGAGGUUCAUCAACCUCUGCCGACGGGAGCAGAUUGAGCUGGUGGAGGAGACGUGGAAGAAGAUGGAGCAUCUAUGGGGGACGAUUCAGUCGGAGCGACUGUCGGUGGGUGAAGAGGAAGCUGGCGCGGCGAGGCUGCGGGAGUAG